AUGUACACGGCAGAUACUCUCGAUUUAAUCACAUCAUUAGAGCAAAAGGAAUGUGACGAUUGUGGCAAGAAAGAAGUCGAAUGGGCAUCUGUUAAGAAAGGAACUGUCAUUUGUUCGGAAUGUUUCUGUUUUCACAGCUACCUUGGCCCUUCGGUGAGCUAUCUCCGUCAUCUGCGCAAGAGUGCUUGGGAUGAGGAACACAUUCGACUCGUUCACGCUCUCAACACAUCGAAUACCAACAUGAUAUGGGAAAGUGCCCUCUAUGAAGGAUCAACCAAGUUUCAAAAGCCAUUGCCACAAGAUCCAUCACAUAUCAAGGAGCAGUUUGUGAAGGAGAAGUAUGAGAAGAUGACGUUUCAACCAAAAAGAGGAAAAGAUGAAGAUUUGGAGAACAGUUUGAACAGGCAACUCAUCGCUUGUGUCAGAAGUGACUAUGCACAUGUCACAUUGAGACUCAUCGCUCUUGGGGCUGAUGUCAACUACCCAGACCCAGAAAACGGUGACACCGCUCUUCAUGUUGCAGCUAGAGAAGGAAAUUUCAAUCAAGUCGAGCUUCUCUACCUCUAUGGAGCCGAUAUAAUGGCUCAAAAUAAAGACGGACAGCUUCCAUACAUUGCUGCAAGAGACGCUGGCUACGGCCAACUAUCUCAACGCAUCUACACUUUCUUCUUUUAUGUCUUUGACCGCUUCUCCUUCUUCAUGUGCAACAGAAAAGCGGAUCAUAAGAACAACCAAGAUUUCUUUAUUCCAGAAGUCACCGAAAAGCAGUUCCUUACCAAGACCAAAGACUCCAGAGCAGCUAUCUCUGUUCUGCCAAAAGGACAGUUCUUUGACCUCUGUGAAGAUGCAUUUGAUGAAACAGUCCGCAGAGAGAAUGAAGUCAACUGGAAUUUGACAAAAUGGGCCAAAAUUGCUAAAGGACCAACUAACUUAUUCUUGCCAUCAACGACACAAAUGUCAGCCGCUCGUAAUCAAAGAAGACAGAAACUUGCCAAAUUCACACCAAUUCAGUUCACAAUUCUUCUCAUCGACCUCAUUAAAGACCAAAAACGUAGAAUCACUGGUGAAAACCCACUACCAGUAGGAGAACAACCAAAGUUUCUCAGAAAAUCCAACGAGACACCAAUCAGAAUCAUGAAAAAAGUAGAAACCCCCGACUACGAUGAAAUUGCUGGAAUCUCCUGUUCGCCGAUUUCUGGAAUCUUGCCGAAUUCUCAAUCGAACACAGUAGACGAUCUGAAUAGCAGAGUGUGGGAUGAACUGUUGGAGAUGAAGGAAAGACUCCAGAAUGCGGAGAAAAUAGUUGUUACUGUAACCAGGCAAAACGAGGAACUGACUAAAUUGGUCCACAGCCUCCAGGCUCAACACAUCAACUUCAACUCGGAAUUGAUUUCCUAUCGUGACGACUUGUACAAUAUCAAGAGAACGAACAUGACUAGACGAAUGCCUUCACCACUUGCAAUUGUUGAAACACCCGAACGAGUUCUCCCGCCGUCAGGAAUCCAGCAAAGUUUUUCAAGAAGAGACAGUGAAGAUCGAAUCGACGGAGGCGGCGCACGCUGGAGAUCAAAUUCAAGCGAUCGAAGAAACUCGAACGACCAUAAAAUGGAGAAAAAAGUGGAAAGACGACAAGACUCAAUGAUGGAAAGCUCUUCUUCUCUCUCGCGCUCCUCUCAAAACCCCAAUGCAUUCAACAAAGAAGAAGUCAAAAAUAAAGUAAUUCUUCAAAGCGAAAAAAUUACCCGUCACAUCAAAAUUCUUCUUCAACACGGACACAACGGCAAUUUGGAUAUGAACGCCAGUCACGGGGCUCUUGAGAUUUCGUGCGCCAUUCACAGCCUCAUCUCUAUUCUGACGCCAUACGUGAGAUAUGAAACAAUCGAUUUGCUGAAGGAUGCUGUUGUGCUCCUUAACGCAAAAUGCAACAGUCCUCUUCUCAACCCGCUAGAUGUAAUUGAUGCAGCACAAACUGUCGCCGAGAAGCUCCGUCUCAUCAUCAUAGAAAUCUGUUAG